AAUACUGGUGGAGUCGAGGGUUAUUAGCAGGUCACUAAGUUCCAUAUCGUAUCAAAUAUUCCAAUCUCGAACAAUACAUUAGACCGGGAACUUAAAUCCUCACAGAGUAUAAUAAAAAUUUGUCAAUAGCAGGCGGAUGAUCCAUCCUACUCCUUCAUGUACUGUGAAUUUCUGAUCGAAAUACAGUUUAAAUAUUGAUAGCAGUUUUACUUUGAAAGGACAGAUAUUGUGAAGUACAUGUACUCCAUUCCCUAAGGAAAAGACUUGAAAUCAUUGUGGUAUAUCGUUAUAAGUUCCAGUCCUUGGCUAGCACUUUAACUGUUAGAGACAUUGGCGUUCACUAUUUCACUAGCAUUCUAGUUAAUGCCUACACAUACUUGUCCGAGAUGUUCUCAUUAGAAUAACGGUCACCUUGUUUUAUUAAUUAUUCAACGAUGUCAACUAUAUCACCAAUUAAAUUUCCCAUCAAGUUCAUUUCAUAUCCAGCUUAUUGCACUGCACAGAACGUUCAGGAAAUCAAGAUCCUGUUAUUUGACCUAGAAAUAUCAAUCAGUGACUUUUAUCCCUCAAUGAUACCGACGAACUAAACAGAAGAAUAGUUCAAAUCCACACGAUGUCAAACAAUGAAGAUAAACCCGGGAUUGGAGUAUUAGUCAUCGCCAUGUUGUUAGUUACAGGACAAACAAGCGCUGUCGAUUUCAACAAUAUACUCCAUCAGUAUACAUUAAUAUGUGGACAAUCACAUCUAUGUGGCAGAACAACAUUUGCGGAAGAUUUAGAUCCACCUAGCAUUUACCACGGUCCUAUAUUUUGUCCCAGAUGUAAAUGUGACAGUAACUGUUUUGAACGAGGAAACUGCUGCCCGGAUCUCCUGUUCCCACACCCGGGAUUAGCUUGUCUAAAUCUUACAGUAUUUCAUUCUAAAAAUGUUAGGAAUCACGCAUUAGCUCAUACAGAAUGUCCGGCAGCAACACCGGAAACGUUAGCCAAAAGAUGUUCCGGGGAUUACACUAUCAUGGAGAAGUUUACAAUGACUCCAGUGUCGUCCAACAACAGUUUGGUUGUUUAUAGAAACAAGUUUUGUGCUGAAUGUUUCGGAGAGGAAAACACUGUUCCUUGGUCUCUGAAUAUCGAUUGCCAGGGGAUGAUUGAUCUGAACCAUGUAACUUCGUACGACGCUCUCUUGGGUAUGAUUGAAGAAAAUUCGUGUUCUAUGACUUAUCAAUCUCCAAACCACCAAAGGUAUGUUAGUUGUGAUAUACCACGAAACUUGAAGGACUUUAGAAAGAUCGAAGAGUGCAACAUCACGGGAGCUUGGGCUACUUAUGACCCAGACAUAGAAUGGGCGUGUCAAAGAAUUGACCAGCCGUACAAAUACUACAAAAACAUUUUCUGUUAUAUGUGUAAUCCAGGGAAAUAUAGGAGGAAAAGUCAAAUAAUUGAUCAAUGCAACCAAACAGCAGUAUGGUCAGUCUUUGAUAAAAACCUCCGGGAUGUGUGUGACCUAGCUCCAUCAGUUCCGGAAUCGUAUCCUUUCAAAAACGUCUUUUGUUAUCAAUGUAACAGAAAUACUAGCAACGAUGACAUCUUCUUGGAUGCAUCGAUCGACAUAGAAUCAGAGGAGAUCUCGACAUUCGGGUUUAGAAUAACGUCUUUUAAUAACUUGAAAGUCCAGACGGCUGGUAAAGCUACAAUGAUAAGCACCAGAAACACAUCCUCGUGGUAUGACACGGCUGUGCCAGAAGAAGGUAUGGCAGUAGACAUACAGAAGUUACUUUUUAUGCACUUUCUGCAUUACGGACAUCAAUUGUAUUGCGAUAAGACUUUGUCUUUUAAGGAUGCUCGAGAUACAAAUGUUGACAACUUACCAGAAUGUGGGUGUGACAUCACGUGUGUCCAGACAUCAGAUUGCUGUACCGAUUUCGCAAUGACGUCACCAAUAACGGUUCCGAAACAUAUACCUGGUUUUGUUGUCUCAAAGUGCUACAAUGUAACGGAUACGCCAUAUUUAUUGAAUUCGUGCCAAGAUGGAGGCACUGACGCCAGCUUUGCCCACGUACCGAUUACAUCUAGCCAAUCAGGAAUAAUGUAUCGUAACGUAUAUUGUUUCCUCUGUAACGAAGGACGUGCUUUGUUACCAUCAACCAACUUCGCAGGUGAUGUCCACAUAUCGCUCUCACAGGAGAUGUACGAAGCGUUGGAUUUGAAACUGGAAUGUGAUUUCCUGAUAAAGUACGAAGAAUUUUAUCUGUUAAGCGAGUUGAUUAAGAACGUAGAACACAAAGUACAAAACCAUGGGAAUGCAAUAUGUACAAUACGAUUCCCUACAUACGGUAUUGGCAACCGACUUCAAGUGAGUACAGUUUCUAUAUGUAAUAUAACCGGACAAUGGGACGUUUACGACGCGGAUAUCAAGUGGGCAUGCGAGAAUUACAUACCAGAUAUCACAUUUUUUUUCCAGGAUGGAAUAACCGAGUACCGUAACAUAUUUUGCAAAAUCUGCAAUUCAAAUUCAACCAGCAAGAUAACUAUAGAUACAUGUAGUGUGAAAGGACACGUGGCACCGAUAAAUGUUACCAUGGCCUCUAGAUGUGAAAUGUAUCCGACGGCACCCUCCAUGGUCGUGUAUAAGAAUAAGUUUUGUGCAGAAUGCUAUCCACAAGAAAAAGCAAAGCACUUGGUGCCAACUGUAAUUUUCACUAAGAAAGACGAUUGUAUUGAUAAAAGCGUGGUGGAAUUCACACCAAUGCUCACCUCCACAUACAGGAAAAUGUUUACGUUCAAAGCCCUCGCAGAUAAUGCCGUUUCAGACGACGCAAAGAAUUCUAAUAUGAGUGGACGAUGUCAACAAGAUGAAGUAUUUGAUUCAAAAAAGGUUGUUUGUCGUCCCUUGCAUUGCUUUGAAGGUAAGUACCUCGCCGGAAAUGCUUGUCGGCCAUUUUUACCAUACGCGACGUUGCUUGGAUACACAAUGGCGAUGAAUGUGGUAGUGAAUUUCACACCAAAGAAUAAUGACACAAUCGGUGAAGUAAUGGGACCAUUGCAAAACGUUAUCAAAGAUCUUGUUUCGACAAAUCUUAAGAUUAGACCCGAAUACAUUGAGUUUGUGUCCAUGUAUAUGCUUGUUCACCAAAGUUGUGGUUCGAGCCUCGAUCCCACACGACAACAGUUCCUAUUGCAUACGUCUUUUGUUAUUGAAUCAAUGGUAGAUAGACUAGCCACUGAAAAUCAACUGGUCACUAUGACGUCAUCAAAUUUUAGUGUACCAUGCAUGGGUAUAGUAUGUAAUGUGAAAUUCGCAUACGACAAAGGAGCACUCGAACUGCCAACCACAACACAUACGACAGAAUUAGAUGAUAGCUGUUUCCUCGUCUCCCACCGACAGUUUAGCUACACUUCAGAGAGAUAUAAGCUAAAGUAUGUUUCAAAGUUUUUAACCUGUCAGCAUGUCGAAAUCGAUGAAGACCAAUACAAAUCUUAUGGCCAUAACUUCUACAUAGACCUCUUGCCGAGCGGGCCAAGGUUAAACUUCGGCGAAUUUCGAAAAACUGGUUCCUCUAAGCGCAUACAAAUCUGUUUCGAAGACUUCGAAACAAUGAUGGCAUCACUCAUAGGAAAAAAUGAAGACUCGAUAGAAGACACUGUGAAAUUUGUUUUGCAAGUUAUAUCUUUUGUGUGUGUCUGUUUAUCAGUUUUGGGGCUGCUUAUAACAUUUCUGACUUACUGCUUCUUCUCCUCUCUCCGAACUCUUCCCGGUAAGAACAAUAUGUGUCUGAUAGCGUCUUUGUUUUUGUCACAAUUUCUCAUGCAGCUUGGUAUAUCACAACCUAAGGACAGAACGCUGUGCGCCACAUUCGGUCUCAUGAUCCAUUACUUUUGGCUGGUAACAUUUUUUAGCAUGAAUGUAUGUUCCUACCACAUGUUUCGUGUGUUUGUUUUCCCACUGAAUCAGAUAAAAAAUAAGAAAUCUGAGUAUUCGACACAUUUGCGGUAUCUUUGCUACUGCUUAGGUUUGCCUGCAUUGAUCAUUGCAAUGUAUGUGGGGAUUUCUGUGAGCGAGGAAGGUAAUAUCGGAUACGGAAGUGACGUCAAAUGUUUUAUAUCGUCGUUGCCUGCCUUCAUAGCUACAUUUAUUGCUCCUGUAUUCGUAAUCUGUUUGGCAAAUAUUGUAUUCUACUCUGUCACUGUAUAUCAUAUUGCCAAGGUUCCUCACGUCUCGUCCAAUAAGUCCUCUCGACGUGAAGUUAGUGUUCAUAUCAAACUGUUUCUACUAACAGGGAUUUCGUGGAUCUUCCAGUUGAUCGACUCGUUUGUCCCUGUGUCUGCCUUUUCCAUUAUUGUGAAUUUCGUUAAUGCUUCACAGGGUAUUUUCAUUUUUAUUGCUUACUGCGUAAACAGGCGAGUACGGUCCUUUUAUAAGGAUAGUUUAUCAUUUCGGACAUCCUCGUCCGUUAUAACGUCGUCUUCAGGAAGGAGAAUAUCGAGAAAGGAGGCUUCCACAGAUAAUCAAAUCUGAUAUUUCGGAUAUCCUCGUCAGUAAUAACGUCAUCUUCAGGAAGGAGAAUAUUGAGUAAGGAGGCUUCCAAAGAUGAUCAAAUCCGAUAUCAUUUUGGACAUCCUCGUCAGUAGCUAAGGCAACAACAGCAUCAUGAGGAAGGAGGAAACUACGUUUUAGAGAUAGUGAUAUCUGAUAUAAAUCUGAGGUUAAAUUUACUUCUCAUCCAGAACCGUCGUCACUUAUUUUUUUCUGUGCAUUUUCCCUGACUUUUAUCAUUUCAAAAUGCAUAUAAUCGAUCGAUAUUUUUCUAUUGGUAAAUAGCCGAUCUGAAUUACAUUGCAUGCAUGAUAGGGGAAUGUCAUUUCAGGGAUAGAUGUUUAACCUUUAUAUCUCCUUCUAUCACACGUCUUUAAGGAUGUCUGGAACAUUACUUUAAUUACAUUAAUGUUUGCACGUCAAUUAAGUACACAUUUGUUAUACUCCAAUGAAUUUCUACUUAUAUUCAUUUUUGCUGAUAAUAACACUAAACAAUUAACUACUUCCCUUACGCUCAUCUCGAUUCAAUUAACACACAUCCAUUUGCUUUUUAGUUCAUUUAUCUUCUUAUGGCAUUUGUUAUCAUUAUGGGAUUGAGAGUAUACUUUAAUAUUGAGAAAUUGGCGUUCUCUCUGUGUACGAGGGCUGAGUGAUAAGUUGUGAGCCUCGUAUUGAAGGAGGUACUCAGGGAUGUUUUUUUAAGUCCUGCUAUUCUCUGACUAUAUAGGGCAGUGUACCCAAGGUCUGGUCCCAUUUUGUUAGUGUAAACAAGACAAGCGGCUUUUGCAAAAUGGACAAAAUCGGUUAGGGUUAUGGUGAAAGGUGAUGGCUGCCAUUCACGAUUGUGGCUUUAAAUAGAUGGAGCAUCCACCUUAUUCACCUGAUCUCGCUCGAUCUAUUUUCAAAACUGAAAAUAGCUAUUUCAGGCACCCUUACCCUAACCCUAACCCUAACCCUGUCAUGCAGUGGAUGGCUUUCUGAACAACCAAGAAAAGGAGUUCUAUAAAAGUGGCAUUGAGACCCUUAAACAACGCUGGCAAAAGUGUAUAGAUACUGAAGAGGAAAAUAACACAAUAUGUCAGGCGAAAUUCAAAUUCUUCAAUUUGAGGCUUACAACAGACCAACAGCCCUCGUAUAUUUAGUCUAGUCUUAUUAUGUUGAUUUAGAUUUUUUUUUAGAUCUGUACCACAAAUAAAAAAAUUAAUGCAUGUUUCUGCAGUUCCAUGAUACUGUCAAAACGUGCCGUUAGCUUGGUGUGUUAUGGAAUCAUUAAACUUCCUAGAAGGUAUAUCCUUCCACUGAUUAAUACCAUAUGCAAAACAUGUUUGCCCUGUUGAAUAAAAUGUUGACCCGUUUAAAUGUAUGGUGACUAGGAUGAUAAAUGUCAUAUUUAUUCAAUUCCCCAAUGUGCUUAAUAGCUAUUGAUUUGAUAGACAGAGAGUUAAACUGUAUGCUGUAGAACGAUAACCCGAAAGCUAAUGUUAAACAAUCAAUUUGAUGCUAUCUUAUUAUCGUACAGUUUUUGUGUCGACUUGUGGUUAGUUAACUGUCAUCGAUGUAUGAUUGUAUAUAUCGUUCGAUUAAAUUCCAUUCCAUAAUA